AUGUGCAGAGGAGAGGGAGAGGAGGAGAGUGAAGUAGGGAAGCAGCGAGAAAGGAGGAAGUGGGUGAUAGGGGCAAUGGGGAUUAAGACGGCGACCAAGUUCGGGGAUAGUCGGGUGGAGAAGCUAAAGAGUUCUGUGAUUUCACGGUCGAGAAUGAAGCUGUGGAUGAUAAGGGCGACCACUUCCGUGCUAUUGUGGACUUGCUUUGUUCAAUUGACGACAUUGGGGGAGACUUGGGGGCCGAGGGUUUUGAAGGGCUGGCCUUCCUGUUUCUCGCAGGACUCCGCUUCGGCAAUGCAUCUCAGUGCGGUUCGAGAUGUCCCCGCUAGAGUUCUUCCGCCCAAGAGGCUUUAUAAGAACAAUGGCUACCUGAUGGUUUCUUGUAAUGGAGGCCUUAAUCAAAUGAGGGCAGCGAUAUGUGAUAUGGUUGCUAUUGCAAGAUAUUUGAAUGUUACUCUCAUAGUUCCCGAGCUUGAUAAGACCUCUUUCUGGGCUGAUCCAAGUGAGUUUCAAGACAUAUUUGAUGUUGAUCAUUUCAUCACAUCCUUGAGAGAUGAGGUCCGGAUAUUGAAAGAGCUACCUCCAAGGCUCAAGAGGAGAGUGGAGCUAGGAAUAAUCUAUACCAUGCCACCUAUUAGCUGGUCUGAUAUGUCUUAUUAUCAAAAUCAGAUUCUUCCUUUGAUACGGAAAUACAAAGUGGUCCACUUGAAUAGAACUGAUUCCCGUCUUGCAAAUAACGGUCAGCCCAUGGAAAUCCAGAAGCUGCGUUGCCGAGUAAAUUUUAGUGCCCUGAAAUUCACACCUCAGAUUGAGGAGUUGGGCAGGAAGGUUAUCAGUCUUCUAAGGAAUAAGGGUCCUUUCAUCGUACUCCAUCUCAGAUAUGAAAUGGACAUGUUGGCUUUCUCUGGUUGCACACAGGGAUGCAACAAGGAGGAGGCAGAAGAGUUGACAAGAAUGAGGUAUGCUUAUCCAUGGUGGAAGGAGAAAAUCAUCAAUUCGGAUUUGAAAAGGAAAGAUGGUUUAUGCCCUUUGACUCCUGAGGAAACUGCUCUUGCUUUAAGGGCAUUAGAUGUUGAUUCUAAUGUCCAGGUUUACAUUGCUGCUGGAGAAAUAUAUGGUGGAGAAAGAAGAAUGGCUAGUCUCAUUGGAUCUUAUCCAAACGUGGUUAGAAAGGAGACACUGUUGGAGCCUUCUGAUCUUAGGUUCUUUCAAAAUCACUCAUCCCAGAUGGCAGCACUAGAUUAUCUUGUUUCAUUGGAGAGUGAUAUUUUCAUUCCUACGUAUGACGGAAACAUGGCUAAAGUUGUUGAAGGACACCGCAGACAUCUUGGGUACAGGAAGACGAUCCUUCUGGACCGAAAGGUUCUGGUUGAGUUGAUAGACCGGUACGAUGAAGGGUCAUUUACAUGGCAUGAGUUCUCUAAUGCUGUAAAGGAAUCUCAUGCUGGUCGCAUGGGAAACCCAACCCGGAGGUUGGUUAUCCCAGACAGACCGAAAGAAGAGGACUAUUUCUACGCCAACCCGUGGGAGUGUUUGGAGGAUGUAGCAGCAAGAACUAGUUUUUAAGUCCCCGAUGGCGCUGGUGGGUUGCGCAAUGUAUGUAUACACACACUACCACUCACUGCUGUUGUGCAACAGGUUUAGACAAAAGAUUAGGUCUCUGGGAAAGCAGCCACCACGGGUGUAGUCCAGUCGGGUGGGGGAGAGACGACGCACUUCAAAUGGUCCUGAAGCGACCCUCCCCGGCAGGCAGGCAGGCAAGCGGAGUAUAUUUUAUUUUAAUAAAUCCAAAAAAAAUUCAAUGUAUAGAUGCCGCCCUGCCAUUGCAGGGGGGCUAUAUUGACCGAACUCAACGGCUGUGUACACAGAGGGAUGAAAAAUAUAGAUUUGUUUCAUUGGAACCAUUCA